GUGUUGCAGAAUGGUGUUAGAGGGUUGAUGCUUGAUAUGUAUGACUUUGACAAUGAUAUCUGGUUAUGCCACUCCUUUGGCGGCAAAUGCUACAACUAUACAGCUUUUCAACCCGCCAUAAAUGUUUUGAAAGAGGUUCAAGUGUUUCUAGAAGCCAACACUUUUGAAGUCAUAACCAUUAUCAUUGAAGAUUAUGUUACAUCUCCUAAUGGCCUGACGAGGGUGUUUAAUGCCUCUGGCCUGAGUAAAUUCUUAUUUCCAGCAGCUCGGAUGCCAAAAAAUGGGGGAGAAUGGCCCACGGUUGAUGAUAUGGUCAGGCAGAAUCAGCGAUUAGUAGUAUUCACUUCUAAAAGCUCCAAGGAAUCUUCAGAAGGCAUUGCAUAUGAAUGGAAAUACUUGGUAGAAAAUCAAUAUGGCAAUGGUGGAAUGAUAGCCGGAUCAUGUCCCAACCGAGCAGAAUCAUCUAGCAUGAACACGAAAACAAGGUUGCUAGUCUUGAUGAACUAUUUUCCCGAUAACCCAACUGAGGCCACUGCCUGCAAACAUAAUUCAGCCCCACUAAUUAGCAUGAUGAACACCUGUUAUGAAGCAGCUGGAAAAAGAUGGCCCAAUUUCAUUGCUGUUGAUUUUUACAAGAGAAGUGAUGGAGGAGGAGCACCUGAAGCCGUAGAUAUGGCAAACGGUCACCUAGUUUGCGGUUGUAAAACCAUUGCCUCUUGCAAGGAAAACAUGAAGUUUGGAGCAUGCGAACUACCUGAGGCAAGCCCUGCCCCUAUUGCAAAACCAACUAAUGAAACCAGCUUUGCAAUAUUUGAUAGCAGACCCUUUAAAUUGCAGUGGUUGGCUGGUUUGUUUCUUACUGUCAUCUUGUCCCGGUAAAUUUGGAUCCUCCUAUAUCAAGCUAGUUCGUUUCAAUACCUUAAAAGGAAGUACAUUAGAGAAUGGGAACUGUGAAAUUGGUGUCAAGUUCUUUUGCAUUUGCAAAUUGCAAAGAUGAGGCAGAUUGAAUAUUGGUGUCUAGUGUAACACUUGGCUCAUAAUAAUAACUGUAAAAGUUGGAUUGUAGCAGACGUAGUGCUUUUCAUAUGAAUGGGAUUGUUAAAUUGGGAAGUAUACAAAUUUCGAAUUCAUAUUAUUUCCUCACUUUACAUUUUCA